AUGGAUCCUAAAUGUAAGUUCCCUACUGCAGACGAAAUUGACAAGUUGAUUUGUGCUGAAAUUCCAGACAAGGAAAAAGAUCCAGAACUCUACAAUAUAAUAUCAGAAUGUAUGAUUCAUGGUCCAUGUGGUAGUGCUAACCCAUCAUCUCCUUGCAUGGAAGAAGGUAGUUGUUCAAAACUUUACCCAAAACAGAAUGUUAAAACCACCAACAUUGACAAGGAAGGUUACCCGGUUUAUAGAAGAAGAAAGGAUGGGCAUUUUAUCGAGAAGAAUAGUUUCAAAUGUGAUAACCGAUAUGUUGUCCCUUACAAUCAGACUUUGUCGCUUAAAUAUCAUGCUCAUAUUUAUGUGGAGUGGUGCAACCAAACAGUUACUGAAGAAGGUCACAAGAAUCUCCAAAAUGAAAAUACUCCAUCAUCGAAAGACGAAAUACAAGAUUACUUUGAUGGCAGAUAUGUAUCUGCAUGUGAAGCUAUGUGGAGGAUUUUAGCUUACCCAAUACAUUAUAGGCAAACCGCUGUUUUGCCACUCACUUUCCAUGAGGAAGGCAAACAACCUAUUUAUUACCGAGAAGGUGAGUCUGCACAGAAUGUCAUGGAUCAUGACUCUCUUGAUGAAUCUCAGUUUCUUGCUUUAUUUCAACUUAAUAAGCGUGAUGAAGAAGCUAGAAAGUUAUUAUACGAAGAAAUACCAAGCAAGUUUAUUUGGUAUGGGGAGGAGAAAUAUUUUUUCAGGAGAAAAACAAGAACAUUUGCUAUAUGGAGAAUUAACUAUGUGCCUCCAACCAUAGAUGAUGCAUAUCAUUUGAGGAUACUUCUCAAUUCCAUCAGAGGUCCUACCAGUUUUGAUCACAUUAAAACUAUGAAUGGUGUCGUACACAAAACGUAUCGUGAAGCAUGUUACGCUCUUGGGUUGUUAGAUGAUGACAAAGAAUAUAUUGAAGGUAUCAAAGAAGCACAUUUCAUGUGUUCUCCAAAGUUCGUUCGUAAAAUGUUUGUCAGGAUGCUUCUCUUAGCUGUUUUAAGUACUCCUCAUAUUGUAUAG